AUGUCAAAACCUACUCUGAUCUUUUCGCCUGGCGCGUGGUACCCACCGACUGCAUUUGACCCGCUCAUCGAAAGACUAGAUGGCUACAAUUGUCAUACGAUUGCCUUUCCAUCUAUUCAAGAGGCGACUUCCGUGCAAGAUCUCCAGCCCGACAUCGCCGCUGUGCGAUCCGUCGUGCAGCAGGAAGCGGAUGCGGGCCGCGAUAUCAUUCUGGUCACUCAUAGUUGGUCGGGCCUACCAGUCAACAGCGCCCUGGACGGGCUCAGCAAGGCAGAUCGCGAAAAGGUUGGGCAGCAUGGCGGUGUCGUCAAGCUGGUCUUCCUUUCGGCCUUCAUCCCGGAUGUCGGCGAAAGUCUGAUCGGUGCGUUUGGGGGGCGUCCCACCGAGUUGGUAUGUGCGAAAUAUAUCAAGCAGGAAAGUGAGGGCACAGUCACCGCGGAUGACCCCUUUACAUUAUUUUUCCACGACGUCCCCGAUGGAGAGCAAUGGGCCCAGACCCUUCGUCCACACGCGUGGGCCACCAAGAACGCUCCAGCCACGAGUGCGGCCUACCUGCAAAUUCCUUCUGCAUAUCUGCUGUGUGAAGAAGACCGUGCGAUCCCACUCGCUGUGCAACAGCUGAUGGUGGAUCGGGCGCAGCAGAAAGGCGCUAAGAUCGAGACAGAAAAGAUCAGCACCGCACAUUCACCCUGGCUUGCCGCUCCAGACCAGGUGGCGGCGUAUAUUCGGAAACACGCUGGUGAGAAUUAA